GACAACGGAAGAUAGGGUUUGACCCGUAUUCGAGUGAUGAAAUGACAUAUAUAGCGAUUGGAGGAUUCUUUUCCGGGUCAUGAUAAAAGAAUUUACCGGCCAAAUGUUACAGGAUUUGUUUUCUCUAGCAAAAUAGAUCGAACUCGUAUACUAGCCCGAAUUAUCCUGGUUCGACCUUUUAUGAAGUGCGGUAGAGAUGUUGUAACACAGUACAGGAAGCACUCGGCGUUUGGCGUCUGCUCGUAAACCUUAUCAUCACCAAGGGGCACCCGGAAACUGAGCAGAGAUGGCGUCGCCGGAUUCUCCGUCACCGGGGAAGCCCCCUCUGCCGUGGCGGGUGCGCCUGCUCGUGGGCGCAGUCUCCAUCCUACACUCCGCGUCCCUCCGCGGCGACGGGACCGUCAACCGACCCCUCCUCUCACUAUUCGAACGCACCGUCCCGCCUAGCCCCGCACCCGAUGCCGCCGGCGUGUCGUCCUCCGACCACGCCGUCUCCAGCCACCUACGCGUCCGCCUGCUCGUUCCAGCGCCGGCCGCUAGCGGCAGCCAGCUGCCAGUGCUUGUAUAUUUCCACGGCGGCGGCUUCGUGUUCCACUCCGUGGCGACAGCCCAGUUCGACACUCUGUGCCGCCGCCUCGCCGCGUCCAUCCCGGCCGUCGUCGCCUCCGUGGACUACCGGCUCGCGCCCGAGCACUGCGUCCCUUCCGCUUACGACGACGGCGAGGUGGCCCUCCGAUGGGCACUGGCCGGCGCGGGGGGAGCCCUACCGUCUCCCCCCACCGCCGUCUUUGUCGCCGGGGAUAGCGCGGGCGGCAACGUUGCCCACCACGUCGCCGCACGCCUGCAGCGCAGCGUGGCUGGGCUGGUCCUGCUGCAGCCGUUCUUCGGCGGCGAGGCGCAGACCGCGUCCGAGCAGCGGCUCUGCCACGCGCCGUUCGGGGCGCCGGAGCGGCUGGCGUGGCUGUGGCGCGCGUUCCUGCCGCCGGGCGCCACUCGGGACCACGAGUCGGCCAACGUGCCGGCCGCGAUCCAGCGCGAUGGUGCCGCUGCGGGGAGGUGGCGCGCGUUCCCGCCGACGCUGGUGUGCGUGGGCGGGUGGGACGUGCACCAGGACCGGCAGAGGGCGUACGCGCACGCGCUGCAAGCCGCCGGCGCCGAGGAGGUCCGCGUCGCGGAGUUCCCCGACGCCAUCCACGCGUUCUACGUGUUCGAGGACCUCCCGGACAGCAAGAGGCUGCUGGCCGACGUGGCCGAUUUCGUUAACCGGCGAGCCGCCGAACACCUCGAUGCGCGAGUGAACAACUAGUGUCCAGUGUCCACUGGUUCGUAGUUGGUUUGCAGUUCAGUGUGAGCGAUUUUUUUUAUUUUUUUGUAACUUGAGGGCACAUGCGAUGCACUCAUGACGAGCAAUCGAACAUGCCUGGUUCCCAGUGA